AGAGCCUGGGACCGGCUGGAGCCAAGGCCAGGCUGGCGGAGGAGUGGAGGGGUAGGAGACACGGCAGGGGGCGGGAACCAAGAGGGGCGGGCAAUGUGGUGGGCGGGAGCCUGAACCACCAGCGCUUCGGGAGCAGGUGGAACCGGGGCUGUAGCCCACUUGGAGGAGCUGAGUAGGACUUCUGGGGACCAUGGAGCUGCUCAAGCUGAACCACAGUAUCCAAGGACCGGGGCCAGGGCCGGGGUCCUCCUUGUGCCGCCCGGGUGUCCCCCUCCUCAAUGGCAGCAACGCGGGCAAUCUCAGCUGCGAGCCCCCUCGCAUCCGCGGAACCGGGACCAGAGAGUUAGAGCUGGCCAUCAGAGUCACCCUUUACGCUGUGAUCUUUCUGAUGAGUGUCGGAGGAAAUAUACUCAUCAUUGUGGUCCUGGGACUGAGCCGGCGCCUGAGAACUGUCACCAAUGCCUUCCUGCUCUCCCUGGCAGUCAGUGACCUCCUGCUGGCUGUGGCUUGCAUGCCCUUCACACUCCUGCCCAACCUCAUGGGCACGUUCAUCUUCGGCCCAGUCAUUUGCAAGGCUGUUUCCUACCUCAUGGGAGUAUCAGUGAGUGUGUCAACUCUAAAUCUCAUGGCCAUUGCCCUGGAGCGGUACAGCGCCAUCUGCAGACCACUGCAAGCACGAGUGUGGCAGACACGCUCCCAUGCAGCUCGGGUGAUCUUAGCCACGUGGCUACUGUCUGGACUGCUUAUGGUACCUUAUCCUGUGUACACCGCGGUACAGCCAGUGGGCCCUCGAGUCCUGCAGUGUGUGCAUCGCUGGCCCAGCGCACGUGUCCGCCAAACCUGGUCAGUGCUGCUGCUAAUGCUCUUGUUCUUCAUCCCGGGAGUGGUUAUGGCGGUGGCCUAUGGUCUCAUCUCUCGUGAGCUCUACCUUGGGCUUCGCUUUGAUGGUGAUGACGGUGAGACCCAAAGCCGGGUCCGAAACCAAGGAAGCCUGCCCGGUGGGGCAGCACCAGGGCCUGUCCACCAAAACGGGGGUUGCCGGCCUGAGACUAGCCUGGCUGGGGAAGACAGUGAUGGCUGCUACGUGCAACUUCCACGUUCCCGACUGGAGAUGACAGCUCUGACCACGCCCACUCCUGGGUCAGACCCUGGCCCUCGACCCAACCAAGCCAAGCUACUGGCUAAAAAACGAGUGGUGCGAAUGCUGCUGGUGAUUGUUAUGCUUUUCUUCUUGUGUUGGCUGCCAGUGUACAGUGCCAACACGUGGCGCGCCUUCGAUGGCCCAGGGGCACACAGAGCACUCUCAGGGGCCCCUAUCUCUUUCAUUCACUUGCUGAGUUACGUCUCUGCCUGUGUCAACCCCCUGGUCUACUGUUUCAUGCACCGCCGCUUUCGCCAGGCCUGCCUGGACACAUGCGCCCGAUGUUGCCCACGGCCUCCACGAGCUCGCCCCCGGCCUCUUCCAGAUGAGGAUCCUCCUACUCCCUCCAUUGCUUCACUGUCCAGGCUAAGCUAUACCACCAUCAGCACACUGGGACCUGGCUGAGGGGCUGAGGGAGUGGAGAGUGAGACAAGACACAUGAUCCCUAUCAACUGACCUAUCCAAACACAUAUGAAACACACCAGGACCAGUCCAGGUGGACAUCCAACAGCAUGGAUAGACCCCUACACAGAGAAAAUGUUACCUUUGCUGCUCCACCUGAAACAGAUAAUCUCAUAUAGGAAAGAAGGCACACUUCUAAUAUGGGACAAGUCCCACCCUAGGCAUGUGGAACUGACUGCACUGGAUAGACAACCACAAUGUCUGUAGCAGUGAAUUUCCCCACACAUCGGGAGCUCUCACAAGGGCUGACUGGCUCCUCAUAUAUAU